AAUUCAUUUCCAAUUGUCUGCCUUAUUCCAGGUCCUGUCUUUGGCAGCAAGGACAACUUCCAUGGACUAGCUAUUUUCCUUGAUACGUAUCCCAAUGAUGAAGCAACAGAGCGUGUGUUCCCCUACAUCUCUGCGAUGGUGAACAACGGCUCCCUCACGUACGACCACAGUAAGGACGGGCGCUGGACGGAGCUGGCGGGGUGCACCGCUGACCUUCGGAACCAGAACCAUGACACUUUCCUGGCAAUUCGGUACUCCCGAGGUCGCCUGACGGUGAUGACCGAUGUGGAAGAUAAGAAUGAAUGGAAGAACUGCAUUGACAUUGCAGGGGUGCAGCUGCCAACUGGCUACUUCUUUGGUGCUUCUGCUGGCACUGGAGAUUUGUCUGACAAUCAUGACAUUAUCUCGAUGAAGCUGUUCCAGCUCAUGGUGGAACACCCUCUAGAAGAUGAGACUGUUGACUGGACCAAGAUUGAGCCUAGCGUCAGCCUCCUUAAAUCACCCAAAGACAACGUGGAUGACCCGACGGGGAAUUUCCGAAGCGGGCCUCUGACGGGCUGGAAGGUGUUCCUGCUCCUGCUCUGCGCGCUGCUGGGCAUCAUUGUCUGCGCUGUUGUGGGGGCUGUCGUCUUCCAGAAACGCCAGGAGCGGAACAAGCGUUUCUACUAGCUGGAGACCUGGGCCCUGGCCUGUGCCCAAACCCAUCUUUUCUAUGGGCAGCUGUAAAAACUGUGGUUUCUAGAAGCUGUUUCUGAGAACUAUCGGAAGUAUUUUCUUAUCUGUCUGUCUGGCUGUAACCCCUGCCCAGCCCUCGGUAUCUGGCGGGUUGGACCCAGGGGGGCGAUGCCUGCUGGGGGAGCCUGGAGUUUGCUCCCUUAUUUUUCCAGCGCUUCCCCCUCCACCUGGGAC